GUCCCACACAACCUAACCGGAAGCCGACCGGUCAGAGAUAUCUCUGGCGGAGGCAGGCAGCAGAGAGAUGGCAGCCGUGGCCGUGGCUGAGUUUCAGAGAGCACGGUCUCUUCUGGGAACUGACCGGAAUGCUUCCAUCGAUAUCUUACACUCUAUAGUGAAGCGGGACAUCCAGGACUGCGAUGAGGAGGCGGUUCGUGUUAAGGAGCAGAGCAUCCUGGAGCUGGGCGGGCUACUGGCCAAGACGGGCCAGGCUGCAGAGCUCGGAGGCCUUCUGAAGUAUGUGCGUCCCUUUCUUAACUCCAUCUCCAAAGCCAAAGCAGCCCGGCUGGUCCGCUCUCUGCUGGACUUGUUUCUGGACAUGGAAGCAGCCACGGGUCAGGAGGUGGAGCUCUGCCUGGAGUGCAUAGAGUGGGCCAAGGCUGAGAAGAGGACCUUCCUCAGACAGGCCCUGGAGGCUCGACUCAUCUCGCUGUAUUUUGACACCAAGUGCUACCAGGAGGCUCUGCAGCUCGGAUCCCAGCUGCUGCAGGAGCUCAAGAAGAUGGACGACAAAGCCCUGCUGGUGGAGGUCCAGCUGCUGGAGAGCAAGACAUACCAUGCACUCAGUAACCUGCCCAAGGCGCGCGCUGCCCUCACCUCGGCCAGGACCACCGCCAACGCCAUCUACUGUCCCCCCAAACUCCAGGCAGCUCUAGACAUGCAGUCAGGGAUCAUUCACGCAGCAGAAGAGAAAGACUGGAAGACGGCGUACUCGUACUUUUACGAGGCCUUUGAGGGCUACGACUCCAUCGACAGCCCUCGCGCCAUCACAGCCCUGAAGUACAUGCUGCUCUGCAAAAUCAUGCUCAGCGCCCCCGAGGACGUGCAGGCCCUCAUCAGUGGGAAACUAGCUCUGCGGUACGCCGGCAGACAGACGGACUCGCUGAAGUGUGUGGCGCUAGCCAGUAAGAACCGCUCGCUCGCAGACUUUGAGAAGGCUCUAACGACGUACAAAGCCGAGUUAAAGGACGACCCCAUCAUCAGCACCCACCUGACCAAGCUGUACGACAACCUGCUGGAGCAGAACCUCAUCAGGGUCAUCGAGCCUUUCUCCAGGGCCCAGAUCACACACAUCUCCUCCCUCAUCAGACUCCCUAAGAGAGACGUGGAGAGGAAACUGUCGCAGAUGAUUCUGGAUCAGAAGUUUCACGGUAUCCUGGACCAAGGCGAAGGUGUGCUGAUCAUCUUUGAUGAGCCGAUGGUGGACAAGACCUACGAGGCAGCCCUGGAGACGAUUCAGAACAUGAGCAAAGUGGUCGACUCGCUUUACAACAAAGCAAAGAAGCUGACAUAAGAGAGGACGAAACCGUCCAUCCUCCAGGUUGGAGUGGCGUGGGCCAGCCUGAUCUCCGUUUACUCACCUCGGCGUGGGAGGGAUGGGGGUGGGGAGUGUGAGGAAAUCACAAACUCUCGACCCAGAAAGCAACAAACCAAGUGUCCAGAUGAAGAAGACUCCCUGCCCCCCCACAGAAGAAGAACCUGACUGGCUCUUUCUCCUCCAUCAGUCCCUCCCUCCCAUCACCGUCUCCUCCUUCUGGUCUGACAGGGUUGUUGAGACUUGCGGUGCGCCCUCUAUGGACCGCUAAUGGCACUGUACUCCUCCCAUUCCACUGCUGGUUUCCACCGUGUGUAACGUUGGACAUCCUCGCCCGUUUUCCUGGGUCUUCCCUCCGUGUUCCUUUCUGCGCUGGCCAUCAGAGACUCUUGUAAAAUAACAAAAGGUCUAAAAGUUCCUCCACGUAUCAUGAAUGGAUACUUGGGAAGCCCACCUGGUUCUUUUUGUUCUCAGAGGAAAGGUGAUUGGUUGGAUUGCCUGAGUUUAAGUUCCUUCUUCUUCUAAGUUGAAUAAAACCAACCACAAGCCUCCGCUGCAAAAACUCUUUUGAAUCUCUAAUCUGCAUCGGAGCGAGUCUUUAAAUGUCCGACAUUAUCACCGCCCCAUCUCCUCCACAGGGCGCCUUGGGGCGGUGGGCCGCUCGGGACCACGGGACUUCCUCUCACUACCCGUUUGUACAUAAACUAGCCAAGCCCCUCCCUCCACCUUGUCUCCCUUGUUAUUUUUAAAUGUGUAAGAACAGCCCCGCCCUGAGAGCCCUGAAGGUCACCGAUGCACCUAGAACUCUCAGGUGGGUUUGAGCAGGGUUUCCUGGAAAAACUGAGAUGUACAUUUGUGAGAACUUGGUUUUGCCAGAUCCUGAGGGUUUACCGUGUAUCAGACCCAAUAAAAAUAUAAACCUU